CUUUGUCCGUUCUUGGGAUGAGAUGGUGGAACAAUUUUGUCAAAAAAAUUUUCAAAGUGAAGAGUGCAUCACCAUCCUUGAUCUCCACAACACCCGCCAAUGCCCUGGUGAAGAUUUAAUGGGGUAUGUGAAAAGAUUCAGGGAUUUGGCACUUGAUUGCUAUGGUGGCCAUGCUGAGUCCUUCUUAGUGGAAAUUUGCAUCAACAUCAUAUUUCCGAAAUAUUGCACUGUCCUUGAAAACAUCGGGAUCAACCAAUUUGCAAGGCUAUUCGAUGCUGCUAAGAGAACAGCUAUUUUUGUCAAAGCCAUCUCUAAUGGGAAAUCUACAGCGAAGUCAACAGAAAAGAAAACCGUUGCUCACACCUUGACUGUCUCUAUCCGUUGCUUAGAAAAGAAAUCUGCAGCGAAGGAUAAGGACAAAAAAAGAGAGAUCGCACGACGAAGAGCCACAGAGGCCAUAUUCUCCAUUGUCAGUGAGGCUGGAGGAGAAUGCCUCAACGCUGAUGCACAUGCUAGCCGCGCUUAUCUUGAAUCUUCCAAUGUCGCCACAUUCACUGACGAAGAUAUGGAGUGUGAACUGGUUGAUACAGGAUCCUCUUUCAACUUGAUACCACUGAGCACCAUCAUCGCUACAAGAAUCCCCCAACGAAGACUUGUCAAGUCUCCACUUAGCAUUGUUGGCUCUGGUAACAGUAGUGAGCAUGCCCUUGGAUACAUUCAACUUGAGUUAAAGGUCGAUGUAAUCCAAUCUCAGACUACAUUUUAUGUUAUUGAUGCAGAAGUUUCUUAUCAUAUAUUGCUAGGACGACCAUGUCUGCAUCAACAUAAAAUUGUCCCUUCUACUUAUCAUCAAUGUGUCAAGGGCCGUCUAAAUGGAAGGGUUUUUCGCAUCUCUGCCAACCCAUUGCCAUUUGAUCAGAUUGAGACCCACUUCGUUGAAAUUUCUUUUUAUGAUGAGUUAGCCCCUUCUGGUGAAGCAAUGGUAUCCCGCCUAGGUGGCAUUGUCCUGCCAGCAUGGAAUGACAUCAAAGACAAUCUUGAUCUUGAUCUGCAAAGUGUCCUGGAACAAAAAAGGCAGAAGAAGGAGGCAGCAAAAAUUGUCCAAGCACGACCAAAGUGCACUCGAACUGUCCUUCCGGACGGUGCUGCAUUGACUUUUGCGACCUCAAUAAGGCAUGCCCCAACGAUGAAUUCUCUAUCCCCAAACAUGGAUGUGUUGAUGGACAAUACUACUGGCUGCGAGAUGUACUCUCUCAUGGAUGGCAGCAGUGGAUAUAACCAAAUCAGUAUGUGCCCUAACGAUGUAGAGAAAACUGCUUUUCGUACCUAUACUGGCAAUUUUGACUAUGUUGUUAUGCCUUUUGGACUAAAAAAUGUGGGGGCUACUUAUCAAAGAGUCAUGGUGGCAAUCUUUCAUGAUUUCAUCCACAUAUACAUUGAAAUCUACAUUGAUGACAUUGUGGUGAAAUCCAAAACAAGAUUGGGCUGCUUCGAUGUGUUGAGGACAGUCUUCGACAGAUGUUGUCUAUGCAAGCUGAAAAUGAAUUUAGCGAAGUGUGCAUUCGAUGUUUCCGCUAGAAAAUUCUUAGGCUUAUUCAUCCCUUCAUUGGCAGAAAUAUUAUCUGCAUUUAGCCUUUUACUGAAGAAAGGAGCCACUUUCGUAUGGAUGGCGGAGCAACAACAUGCCUUCUCACAUCUGCAGGAUCUCAUGCUUAGAUUGCUAAUCAUAUCUGUCCCCAUCCAAGGCAUACCACUAAAAGUCUAUUUGUCUACUUCUAACAAAGCUAUGAGUGCACUGGUUGCCCAAGAUGAACAAGAAGGCAAGGAACAACCGAUUUAUUAUGUCAGUAGAAACCUCAAGGGCACCAAAUCAAGGAAAUUGAGGAAGAAUGGACAUUAUACUUCGAUGUGCACGAACAACACUACAGACUACGAAGCUUAUGUUAAUGGCCUUGCUAUGGCUAAAAAGGCUGGUGUGCAGCACUUGAAAAUCAUUGGCAAUUCAGGUCUGAUCCUUGGUCAAGUUCAAGGGGAAUGCGGCGAACAUCAAGGAUGGAGAAAGCUGUAUGAGCAACUUUUAGCUUAUGGUUAUUAUUGGCCAAACAUGAAGCAAGAUGCUGUAGAUUUUGUUCGACGAUGUCACACUUGUCAUGUUCAUGCUAGUCUCAUCCAUUCCCACCCUAAUUUGUUGCAACAUAUGAAAACUCCUUGGCCUUUUCAUACUUGGGGCUUGGAUCUCAUCGGUCCCAUUCACCCUUCAUCUGAGGGUUACAUUUGGAUAUUGGUGGUCAUUGGAUAUUGGUGGUCAUUGAAUAUUUCACCAAAUGGGUGGAGGCUAUCCCUUUUCGCAAUGCUACAAGUCCAGCGAUGUCAAACUUUAUCAAGGAGCACAUAAUCUGCUAUUUUGGGAUCCCAUACAAAAUUGUCAGUGACAAUGGAACUCCUUUUAUUAAUCAACAUGUGCAAAUAUU